AUGGUGGCAAUGGAUUCACACUGCAUCUUAUCGAUCGUGGAGGGAGGGCUGCACCACUACCAGGGCCCGCACGGUGGGGGCGGCGGCGGUGGUGGUGGUCGGAGACCCGGCACCAGUAUUAGUGAGUGCACCGAAACUCACAGCCCGAUUCACAUGCAGUUACAAGACUCGGACCUCUGGAAGGAGUUCCACCGCAAGACCAAUGAGAUGAUUGUCACCAAAAGCGGACGUCGUAUGUUUCCCGUAAUAAAGCUAAACGUGGAGGGCCUGGAGCCGCGGGCCAUGUACUCCGUGGCCAUAGAGUUCGUGCAGAUCGGUGCCCACCGUUGGAAGUAUAUGAACGGCGAUUGGGUGGCCGGCGGUAAGUCGGAGCCGGCGCCCCAACAGUCGCAGUCGCUGUACAUACACCCGGAGUCCCCCAACUUUGGCGCCCAUUGGAUGCGUGAGUCGGUCUCCUUCUCCAAAGUGAAGCUCACGAACAAGCCGUCGGCACAGGGAGGACAGGUACGCAAAUGUCAGGUUGUGCUCAAUUCGCUGCAUAAAUACGAGCCCCGGGUUCACGUGAUACGAGUGGACAGUCAGGAGGGCUGCGACAAGAUCUUCACAUUCAACUUCUUGGAGACACAAUUCAUUGCAGUCACCGCUUACCAGAAUGAAGAGGUAACUCAACUGAAGAUACGGCACAACCCGUUCGCGAAGGCCUUUCAGGACGCGAGGGAACGACCCAUCAAUGAGAUCAAUAACAAUCAAAUGGGAGAGGGAGGGGGUGGCGGUGUGGGACCGCCUAAUAAAGUAGUCAUCAACGAUAGCCUACACCAUCACCACCACCAUCCACACCACCCCCACCAUCAGGGCUCGCACUCACCGCCAACACCUAACAGCUGGUCCAACAGUCCCUACAAUCAUAGCCAGGGUAUGGGUGCCAAUAUUGGAAGUCCGUUCGGCGGCUCCACAGGAACGGGAGGUUCGGGUAUACAUUGCGAACGGUUGGCAACAUUGAGGUCGCAUCGGGCGAUGCCGUACGGCUUGGAUAGGCCACACAUCAAGAGGUCGCCCUCACCCUACGGUAUGUCAUGUGAAUUGCGGCACAAAUGA